AUGCUGCCAGGUCCUGUGACAGGACUAUUAUCCGGAGAUGAAGAUUUUGCUACCUCGACGUUGACGCUUAGAAAGCAAUCUUUACUUCCACAUCCCCCAGAGAUAACGAGUACUGCUUUGAGACCACCGCGAACGCUGCUGGAAAAUCGGGAUGGCGUCAAUACCUGCUCAGAAUGGAGCGUUUAUGGGUUUUCUUCAGACUAUGUAACAUGCGACAUCCCAUACACAUGUCUUUACACCUCAGUUAGCAGCAAUAACUACUGGGGCUGCCAACUCUUCAACGCCACCCUCCUCGCCUUGACAACAUGUCACGACUACUCUUCUACUUCGACCUCAACCCCUGCCAUCACCACCACCACCGACUUAAAGUCAUUAAGCUCCUCAAGCUCUACUACUCCCCGCGAGAAAUUCUGCGACGCAACCGCCCCCUACUGCAUCAACUGGCUAAUCUCCGCCCCUUCCUCUCAAUUCACGCAAUUCCAAUGCACAUCAAGCCUCCCCUCUUCGUCAUCUCAACGUACUCUCCUCAUUGUUCCUUGGCCUACGAGCGCAACCUCACAAAUAGACUCGGUGAUUACUUCGACGUUGUCGCCGACAACGAUGACGGUGAUGCCGAGUCCGAGUGCGACGACGGUAGUGGAAGAGGGUGGGCCGAGUAGCACAACGCUGAUUGCGGCUAUUGUGGAGACGUUGGGUGGGUUGGGGGCCUUUUUUCUGGGGAUGUUUGUUGCGAGGAGGAUGUUGAGGAGGAGGGGUGGGAAUUCGAGGUAA